AUGACGGGUCACGGACAGUCCUCAUCUUAUGUGGCCUCAUCUCCUGGUUCACACUACAGAGGUGACCAACCAGUUCAGAUGAAUCCACAGGGCCAGCCAUAUGUACAACGCAAAGGCCCUCUGCGAUUGAAGGGCUACUUGCAUAUCUUUGAUCCAUAUUCGGUCUUCAAGUUGCAGUCGCCGAGAUUCUACCGCAAGCCUGGAUAUGGCUAUGAAAAGCUAGCAACCCACCGACAUCUGGAUUGUUUCGAGCGCGAAUGGGUUGGUGACUAUGAUGAUCGGUACAUUUCGGCGUACGAUGGCAAGAUCAGCAAACUCGUUGUCCAGUCUGUCGAUGAUAUAUAUGACGGCGCACCGAAUUCCACAUGGAGGCGGACCUUCAUUCGUAACAUUGCCCCUUUCUACCUUCGGCUUGCAAAUUGGCCUCUGAACCAUGUCGACUACGAUCGAAAUGGCGGGCCAACAAGUGAAGACUGGCCCAUGAUUUGUGUAAAAUGGUUCUUCGCCUCCAUCGCCAUCACUUUCGUAGUAUGUUGUUCCCUUGUUGGAACACCUACUAAAGCCGAAGGGCAAGUAAGGCACGAGGGGCGAUAUGACCCUGUUCCUUACAAAUACUAUGGGUAUCCAAAAGUAGCUCGGAACGCUCUCGAGAUGGACACACCUCGUGGAUACGGCAGCGAACCGAAUCCCGUCGCGGAGAGGGUAUUGAGGCCUAGAUAUCUCUGCUUUCUCCGGGAUGAGGGCUCGCCAGCGAUGAUCAUGAACGUCGAGGAGUGGAUCACACAAUACAAGGCGGAGAAAAAUCUGUCCUAUGUAUUUGUGGCAUACACUGCAGAGCAAUUUCGCACAACAGAGGACUUGCGUGCUCUUCAUCAGAUGGCCGAUGCAGCUGCUCGUAAUGCUGGUGUUCCGGCUUACUGGAUCGGCUGCUCGUGCAUGCCCGAACCAGACAACCUCCAGGAAGACGUAUAUCGCAUCUGUGACGUUAUCCGAGGAGCACACUCCGUGGCCAUCGCCGUUGCCCGGCCUCCUAAUGACACGCAAGGUAUCAACACAACAGACCUCAUGCUACAACAAUGGGGCAAACGUAUUUGGACCUUCCCUGAGGUCCUCCUCGCUCCAGCUGGAAAGGAUAUUAAAGUCUACACGCGAGGAAUGGAUCUCUUUAACCCCACGGAGGUUGCCAAGAACCAAUUCGCUAUCAAGGUGUGGAAGGGAGAUGCUCACGUCGCUCGACAGUUGGUUGAUCAUUACGAAGGUAACCUCAUUUUGAACCAACUUGAACUUGUGACACUCGCUUUGGAGUGCUUGCAUAAUCGCGACACCACACAAUAUCUCCUUGGAGACCAUAGCUACGCGUUAAUGGGGCUUCUUCGUAUCCGACCAAGAAUCGAUCCCACGGACUCAGCUUUCCAGGCUUUCGCUCGUCUUUCCCUCGCCAAUGAUAGUGAACAACUUCUCGAGCGUCUCAUCUGUGUGAUGCCCAAGUCUCCCCACCAGCCCUGGCAUUCCAUGGACGAUGCUUACAACGCUAAGCUUUGGGACAUUCUCCCUCAGGAGUGCACCAUUGCAGGCGUCGGGAACGACGACACUAUCAUCCUAGACGGAUGCCGAGCUGCCAACAUCCGAUGGAAGUCUUUCGCGCCAGUAGCGUACAAGAAGAUUCCAAGCUGGAAGCGGUUGGCAGCGCAAAGACUAAUCCACCUCGGAGGCUUCACAAUGCUGAUUGCAAUGGUCCUCCUUUCGAUCCCAAAAGAGCAAGGGGGGGCAGUAACAGUCCCAGCUGGAGCCUUCCUCUUGGUGUACUCCAUCAUACUCAUGGGUCUGAGCCCGUGGCUGCUACGUGUAAUGUAUUUGGGCAAGUUCUGGGGUACCCAGGGUUGGUUCUUUGGGUUCGAAGGAUAUAUGGAUAUCGAUACUAUUGAGCGACAGAUCUUUGGCGGGAGGCUCGGACGUCUGAAGUGGACUCCGUACGGCAGCCCGCUUUCAAGACACCACAAGAAUGCGCAUGGCGAUUGCAUUGCGGAUGAUCCUUGUUCAGACCCCAAAACCAAGGCAUUCGUGGAGCAAGUGAAGAAUGCUAGGCCAGGUGAGCAGAGAGUCUUCACGCUUGUGGAUACUGGCACCAUGACGGUAACACUCUUCGUGGCCGAACGUCCUCCCGUCUGCUUCUUACUCGCUGGCUCGGAAGGUGGCAUGCAGCGUGGAAUCGGCUGCUCAUACGACUGGACUACACAAACAAUGUACCGAGAGACAGUUCUUCGGUUCGAGACGCCAAUAGUCGACCAAAUCUUCCGCGUCCCGAGGGUUAAGGUUGGCUUCAAGAGGCCGCUGUAUCCUAUACGGGGAUUGGCGGAGAUUGGAGAGGCGAAGGGCCAUCUUUCACAUUAA